GGAGGAAGAGACAGAUAAGAAAAGAAAAACUUUCAAAGAAGAAAGAGAGGAAAAGUCCUUUGUGUUUUCUGCGUUGAAGAGAGCUAAAAACAACUGGACGAAAGGUCUCCGCGAAAAAUCAAACAUUGUACGGACAUUUAAUCCUCUCUUUGCUCUUAUUUAGAUCUGUGAUGCGUCCUAUGAUUCCUUCUCUUUCUUCAUUUUCAAUGCGGUGAUUCCCCGAAACCUCUCAAAUGAUGAUGGAGUUCUAGUUCUAAAUUCUCGCUUAUGGAGUCUGAAACGGCGUCGUCGGUCGAUGAACAGGUCGUUGCUGCUGCUGGACCUGAUACCAGAGGUAAGCAUCGGAUUCUUGCUGAGCUUAAGCGCGUCGAGCAAGAAAUCAAGUGCUUGGAGGAGGAGCUGGGUGAGCUUGAGAGAACAGAUAAUAUAUCAACAGUGUGUGAAGAAUUGCUGGUGAAUGUCGGUGACACACCUGAUCCAUUACUCUCAGAAACUAAUGGCCCUGUAAACCCAUUAUGGGAUCGAUGGUUUGAGGGGCCCCAGGAAUCUCAAGGUUGCCGAUGCUGGAUACUCUGACUUGAAGCAAUCUAACAUUUAUUGUGAUUUUUCAGCUGGAGGCUUAAACAUAUGUUGCAUAACAAACUUGUGAACAUGGUCAAUUAAUUUUUCUACUGCUUGAAAUGAAAAGUCCUUAGGUUAUAGUUGAUGUAAAGUCUUUGUUGGUCUGUUCUGAUCACGUUUGUAAGUCAAGUUUGGCACCGCUACUGAGAAUUAUUACAUGGAUUUUUCUUCUCACAGCUUAAAAGAAUAAGAACAACAACAACAUUUGUCUU